UCGUCCUUGACCAUGGCCAUGAACAAGGAAACCGCACCUCCACCAAAUCCCCAUGGCCGAAACAACGUCAGAACACCUACCCAUGUAUUUCCUGGUGGAAGAAAAACACUAGCGCUGAUGCUCACCACAGGUCUAUUCGUCUUUCUUCUCUCAACAUAUCAUCCUGCGGCUCUCUACCACUCUCCUAUGGCAACUCACAUCUCUCCUCAGGAGACGAAAAUAGGUCAUCAAGACAAGGUCUGUAAUCUGUUCAAUGGCACAUGGGUCAGGGAUUUCACAGGCCCGAUUUACACUAACAUAACAUGCCCAACGAUGCCAGACUCAAAAAACUGUGCAAAGUAUGGAAAGCAAAUGGAUUAUGUAAACUGGAAAUGGAUGCCACAUGGUUGUGACAUGGUAAGGUUUGAGCCCCAGCUGUUCUUGAAUAUUGUCCAAGGGAAGACACUGGCGUUCGCUGCAGAUUCAAUUGGACGGAACCAGAUGGAGUCACUACUUUGUUUACUGUCUCAGGUGGAAACUCCAACCAAAGUUCACAGUGACACUAAAGAUAAAUUUGUCACUUGGCACUUCAGAUCCCACAAUUUUACACUCAUGGCACUGUGGACCAAAUUUUUAGUAGAAGCAUCAGAAAGAGAGAUCAAUGGCACACUGGUUGAAAUGCAUGACAUACACUUGGAUAAACUUGAUUCAAGAUUAGCUGCCAGUUUACGUGAGAUCAAUAUUUUAGUCAUAUCGAGUUCCAGAUGGUUCUUCAGGAAAAAUUAUCUCUACGAAGGUGGGAAACUCAUUGGAUGCAUAUAUUGCUCAGAGGAUAACAUCAAAAGCUUUGAUGUCAUUACAGCUAUUCAGAGGGCUCUUAGAACAGCUCUCAAUAACUUGACCAACUGCCAAGAACGUGGAUUGCAGUUAACAUUAGUAAGAACAGCAACACCAGCACAUUUUGAGAAUGGCUUCUGGAACACUGGAGGAUAUUGCAAUAGAACUGAACCGGUGGGAAAAGGAGAAGCAAUGACCAGAACAGUUGAAUGGGCAAUAAGAAACGCUCAGGUUGAGGAAGCUAACAGAGCACAAAAGGAAAUCAGCCACAAGGGACGGAUGAAUAUAGAGAUUCUAGACAUUACCGAAGCUAUGUCUACGAGGCCUGAUGCACACCCAGGGAUCCAUUGGAAUAAUAAGUGGAUGAGGGGUUACAGUGACUGUUCCCAUUGGUGUUUGCCAGGACCGAUAGAUAUGUGGAAUGAGUUAUUACUCUCUUUGCUUCAAAAAUACAGGAAAGACUUGCAGAAUCAUCAAUGAUGCAAAAUGAAAAAUUGAAGUACAUUGGCAAGUUAAAUUAGCCAAGCCUGAUUUUUAGCGGCCAGGAGGUCUUUUCUCUUAUGUUAGUAAGUUUUUUUUUGUUCUGAAAGGAUGAAA